CACUUUUUGAUUGGCGCUCUUUUACUUCAUGCUGCCUUCAUUCGCUUCGUUGUUUCAAUAUCUCAGAAAAUGGCUACCGAAGAAUUGGUGACUGAGCAAUUUCAGUUUUUAGGUAUAGAAGUGCAAAAAGAUGUUUUACGGAAAUGCGUAAGUUUAUGUGAAGAGUACAACGUAGACCCUGAAACUUUUAUAGAACAAUGGAUGGCAUUUAGUUUAACCAAUUUAAACGGAGCUGCGCCCAGUAUUGAUAACUUAAAUUUACUUGAAACCAGAGAAUUCUCUAAGAACAACGCAAGUAAAAUUCAUGUUCUUGCCAACGAAACCGCAAGAUCAAGUACCGGCGCAAGUUUACCUAUCUACAGCGCAGCCGCUUCAGCGCAAUCAGAGAAUGAAGUACUCUCGAAUUACAUGACAACAACACCAAAGAGGAUAAAAGUUGAAAAGGAACAAGUCUCAAUACAACAAAAUGAAAUAUGUCCAGCAACAUAUUCUCCAACAGUGGGUAGUUCGGUUAAAUAUACGUCGAGAACCAAUCAAGGGUCCGUUGUACACUCAUAUGGACAGGACUCACUCUUGCAAAAGAUAGAUAGGUCUAAUGAUUUGAAUUUAACGGACCUUAACAUUACGCAAGUUGGUAAUGACGAUGGAGAGUUGUAUAGCAAAGCUAUGUUUGGAUUUGAGUUUCUCCAUGAAAAAGCAAGUACGUUUGAUAAUCAUAUAAGAUAUAUCUCACAAUGUAUUAUGAAGAAAAAUGGAUUGUCAGAAACAACUUCAGUCACACAAAAGACACAGACAGAGGUGUUUGUAGCAGGAAGAAUUGAAUGUGACGCCGACGCUAGACUUAACGCUAAAAGUGUUUUAUUACAAGGCACUUGGGAGAACUCACUCAGUAACUAUGUUACAGUUGACAUGGAUAACCUAAAGCAGUAUUCCUUAUUCCCUGGUCAAGUGGUUGUCAUGCGUGGGAUAAACCCACGUGGUGAUAAGUUUAUUGCGCACGAAGUGUUUCACGAUGGCGCCAGGCCUAUGCCUGAUCGGAAAGCAGAUCUCAUGAAUAUAUUAAAAGAUACAUUAUCACUAGUAAUUGCAGCUGGUCCAUACACAACAUCAAAUAGUAUGGGUUAUGAGCCGUUAAAAGAUCUAAUAACAUACAUAAACACACACAGACCACAAGUUGUUAUAAUGACAGGACCGUUCUUGGAUGCAGAACAUGCUAAUGUGAAAGAUAAUUCAAUGGCUGAAACUUAUAAAUCAUUUUUCGAGAAAUUGAUUGAUAGUUUAGGUGAAAUUUGUGUAUCGAGCCCUCAUACAAAAAUAUAUAUAGGAUCAAGUUUAAAGGACGCAUUUCAUGUCAACAUCUAUCCAACGCCACCAUAUUCAGUGCGGAAGAAACAUCCAAACAUACAUUUUAUACCAGAUCCGUGUACCUUAAAUAUAAAUGGUGUGAUGGUUGGAGUUACUGGUACUGAUGUGCUUAUGCAUAUUAGUCAGGAGGAAAUAUCUUUAGGUACAGGUGGGGAUAAGUUAGCGCGGCUAGCGAGCCACAUACUAACGCAGCAGUCUUUCUACCCGCUAUGGCCGCCGCCCGCAUCGCACCCGGUAGAUGCGUCUCUAUGGGCGGCCCACGCUCAACUACCCUGCACACCACAUGUUCUCGUAUUACCCUCCAAUUUUAGAUAUUUUGUUAAGGAAGUAAACGGCUGCGUGGUUGUGAAUCCUGAGCAUUUGACGAAGGGAACAGGAGGAGGCACGUUUGCACGAAUGAUAAUUUCCGAUGACAAUGACCUUUCUAAAAGUAUCGCUGUCCAAAUUCUUAGGAUUUAAAUAUAAAUUUGUACGACA